UGAGCGUCCCGCCCUGUCGCGCGGGGUAGGCGAGCGGGCCCCGGGCUUGACGCGCGCGUUGCGGGGCGGUGGUCGAGUUCCCGGAUGCAGACGACCGAGAGCGAGCUGGCAGUGCCCUGGCUGCCCCCUCACGACCCGGGGACGCCGGCGCUGUCGGUGGUGGACAUGCACACGGGCGGCGAGCCCCUGCGCAUCGUGCUGUCGGGGUGUCCGGAGGUGGUCGGCCCUACGCUGCUGGCUAAGAGGCGGUACAUGCGCCAGCAUCUUGACCACGUGCGGCGACGGCUCCUGUUUGAACCCCGUGGGCACCGCGACAUGUACGGGGCCGUGCUGGUGCCUAGCGAACUGCCGGACGCGCAUCUGGGCGUCCUUUUCCUGCACAACGAGGGCUACAGCUCCAUGUGCGGCCACGCGGUGCUGGCGCUGGGUCGCUUCGCGCUCGACUUCGGGCUGGUGCCGGCGCCCGCGGCCGGCUCUGGCGAGGCCCGCGUCAACAUCCACUGCCCGUGCGGGCUGGUAGCAGCCUUCGUGGACUGCGAGGGCGUUCGCAGCCGCGGCCCGGUGCGCUUCCACAGCGUCCCGGCCUUCGCGCUGGCCACAGAUCUCCUCGUGGAUGUUCCUGGUCAUGGAAAGAUGGUGGUGGACAUUGCCUAUGGUGGUGCAUUUUAUGCAUUUGUUAGUGCUGAGAAGUUAGGACUUGAUGUUUGUUCAGCAAAGACAAAGGACCUUGUGGAUGUAGCAAGUGCAGUGACGGAAGCUGUGAAAGCUCAGUUUAAAAUUCAUCAUCCUGAUAGUGAAGACCUUUCCUUUCUAUAUGGAACUAUAUUAACAGAUGGAAAAGAUGCUUAUAGUGAGGAACCAACCACCAACAUUUGUGUGUUUGCAGAUGAGCAGGUUGACAGAAGUCCUACUGGCUCAGGAGUGACAGCCCGAAUUGCCUUACAGUAUCACAAAGGCCUUCUACAGCUGAACCAGACCAGAGCCUUUAAAAGCAGUGCAACUGGCUCAGUAUUCACAGGGAAAGCUGUGAGAGAAGCAAAAUGUGGUGAUUUGAAAUCUGUUAUAGUGGAAGUAUCUGGACAAGCCCAUUACACAGGCGCAGCAAGUUUAAUAGUGGAAGAUGCUGACCCACUGAAGGAUGGAUUCCUUCUCAAAUGACUUUUAAGGGCUUUCUUUUCAAAGAAGUUCUUAUUUGUAAGUAAUUUUGUCUGAAUUGUGUGGAAAACUCUAUCUAAAUUGUACAUGUAAGCCAACUUCCAUUCCUUAUAAAAUAGUAUGCUGUGCCUAAAAAGUCUAUACCUUAUAUUUGCACAUGUAUAUUGUUAUAUCACUUAUGUCUAGCAUACAAAAUGCCAAAUUCAAACUAUUUUCUAGUAACUAACAUAUCAGGUAAAAUUUAAACCUUAGUUUUUGUUACUUUUAAAAUAUUACUCAAUGGUAGCUACUAUAUAUUUUAAAUGUUCUUUGAAUACUAGCUGUAAUUGCAGCCCUUACAACAGCUCUUAAAGGUAAUUUUUAUUUAGUUUUCCAGUUUUUGAGUAAAAUAGUGCCUUCUCUCUAAGGGUGAGAUAGAUGAUUAUAAGGUACUCAGCACUUAGUUUACACAGCCUGGGAAGGAGUGGGAUGGGGCCGCUUCCAUAGGCAGAUGUUGUUAUAGCUGCUGCUGGGAUAUUCUCUGGGCUACAAAGCCCAGCUUCCACACCCAGGUAACUGAAGUCUCAUAAACUGAUGUGAGAAUACCAACUGGUAAUCAAGCUUUUGAUAGAUCUUUAAGGGUCUUAUUAAAGGAAUUGUUUAUUGCCUGACUGAAAUACAAGUACACAGUAGAAAUCAAAUCACUGAAGCACUACUGUGGGGCAAGUCUCACACUCUGUCAGAUACAUGCCAGACAAAUUUAAAACAUGAAAGAAAUGUUACCUGUUGGCUUUCUUGUUAGCUAACUGUCCUGAGCCUGUAAAAAAUAAAAGUUGAUAAUAAUAGUCAUUAUAAGAUGAAGUAUUAAAAAUUAUUCAACAUGUGA